GGGCUGCCUAGCUUUUUAAGUGCCCGGUUCCUCCUAUCAGUCUUAAGGGAUCUUUUCCAAAAGUGUUCGUGAAGGAGGUGAGAUGUGGCGGCUGGUGUGGUUGCUGGCGGGAGUGACCGCAAUCCCCCCGCACCAGGAGACGGCACGGGUCGCCCGCUUCGUGGCCCAUAUGUGUGACUGGGGCGCGCUGGCUACGAUCUCCACGCAGGAUCCUCCGAUGCGAGGCCAGCCCUUCGCCAAUGUCUUCUCCGUCAGUGACGGGGCGGUGGGAAAAAGUAGUGGGGUCCCUUAUAUGUACCUGACGGACCUGGAAAUCUCAGUGCAUGACCUGAAGGUGAAUGCAAAUGCCUCCCUAACCAUGUCCUUGGCACAGACUUCUUAUUGCAAGAAGCAAGGUUAUGAUCCCCAAGAUCCUCUAUGUGCCCAUGUGAUCUUCUAUGGCGUAGUUGAGAAGGUUCAGAAUGGUACAGAAGCUGAUUUUGCAAAGACAGCACUGUUCAGUAGACAUCCUGAAAUGGCAUUUUGGCCUGUAGGGCAUAACUGGUUUUUUGCCAAACUGAACAUCAUCAACAUCUGGCUUCUAGACUUCUUUGGUGGAAUCAAAACUGUGACUCCAGAAGACUAUUUUAACGCUGUACCCUAGGAUUAACAUUUUUUGGAUGCAACUGAACAUCUCUCCUUUCACUAAGCAGUUCCAUAACAAGAAGAUAAGGACUCUAUGGGAACUGGGCAAAACUCCAAAUUUGCAUAUUCAUUUAAAAGUCUGAAAUUCGUGCCAAGAAAUCUAAUUCUAUGAACACAUUUUUUAGGAUAUGCAAACUGACACAGCCUGCAUAAUUCGUUUUGCCUUUAAGACUCAGAUUUUUAAAGAGAGUUCACUAUUUUUCAGCAAGUCUAUAAUAAUUCAGCUAGGGCAAGAAGAAUAUGGUCGUAAAACAGAAGUAAAUGAAAAUUUGGGAGAAGAAAAAG